GAUUUAUCAACAAGAGCGUAAAUAGUUUUAGGCGCCCGCACCAAUGUAAUGUGAUGUAAAAAUGCGUUUCCUCAUGAACGACACAUUAAAUAUGAACUCAAUUGUGACGACAGGCGACGCAGAUGCAGCCGUGGAGCACGUGAGGAAGUUUGUCUUUAGUUCUGGCGUAGGAGACGCCGAACGUUUAGAGAUUAAAAUUCCAGAGCUUAUGCAAGGUGCAUACUCAUUCUAUACAUGGCCAUGUGCACCCAUUUUGGCCCACUUUCUAUGGGAGCGCCGACAGGAGCUGGCAGGCAAGCGGAUUCUCGAGCUGGGUUGCGGGACCGCUUUGCCUGGAAUCUUAAGUGCAAAGUGCGGAGCUAAGGUAGUGCUCAGUGACAACUGCAUUUUGCCAAAGUCAUUGGCUCAUAUAAGAAAAUCGUGCCAAGCCAAUAUGCUGCAACCUGGACUAGACAUUGAUGUAGUCGGAUUAAGUUGGGGACUGUUGCUAAACAGUGUGUUUCGCCUCCCAGCAAGCUUGGAUUUGAUUAUAGCGGCAGACUGCUUCUAUGACCCAAGUGUUUUUGAAGAUAUUAUUGUAACGGUGGCUUUCUUGCUAGAACGAAGCCGUGGCGCGAAAUUCAUAUUCACAUAUCAGGAGCGCAGUGCAGAUUGGUCAAUUGAAGCGUUGCUUAAAAAGUGGAAGCUCCACGCACUGCCUGUGAACAUCGAUGAUAUAGGCAAAGGAGUGGACUUGUUGGAAGCGAUGGGCGGACAUACAAUACAUCUACUGGAGAUUACGCGUAUCGAGGAGGAAGAUGUGGGCGAUAUUUAAGACUGUAAACUAGAGUAGUAAAAUAUAAAUAAGUAUAAUAAAUAUGAAUUAUUUGUCUAA